AUGUUCGUCAAGCGAAAAGACCCACGUGAGGAGCAGUGGUCAGGGUACCGCAACGGCGUCCAAGCAGCAGAAGACGUCUUCAAUGCGGACGAGGCCUUCGACGUCAGCCAGGCAGAGACAUUGCUACCGAAGCUGCUGUGGGCGGCCAAGCUGAUUUACACCGAAACACAAACGCCCCCGGGCAAUCCGAUCUACAACUUCUUUGCCAGAGCCAAUUCGGAGCCCGCCAAAACGCCCCUCUUCCCGGUCAUGAACAAACUUCGAGCCAUUAAGAGCAACGCAGAGGUGACCAACAUGCGUCGGGCCGGGCAGAUCUCGGGACGGGUCAUCACCAACGCUAUGCGCAAGGCUUGGACGAAAGAGAAGGAUCUGCAUGCUUUCCUUGAUUAUGAGUUCACCAUCAACGGCUGCGACGGCCCUGCAUACAUUCCUGUUGUCGCUGGUGGUGAGCGUGGCAGCUGCAUCCAUUACACCGUGAACAACAAUACCUUCAAAGACGGCGAGUUCAUCAUGGUUGAUGCUGGCGGCGAAUACGGCACAUACAUAACAGAUAUCUCGCGGACGUGGCCAGUCAAUGGCAAGUUCUCACCGGCUCAACGAGACUUGUAUGAAGCUGUUCUUAACGUCCAACGCACAAGCGUCGCGUUAUGCCGCGAGUCUGCCAACCUGUCACUGGAUGACAUACAUGGUGUCACUACGCGCGGCCUUGUUGACCAGCUGAAACUGAUCGGCUUCGAUGUCAACAUGAGCAACAUUAGCCAGCUCUUCCCUCACCACGUGGGGCACUAUAUCGGGCUGGAUGUGCAUGACUGCCCCGGCUACAGCCGCAGGGAAAAGCUGAGCAGAGGCCACUGUGUGACCAUAGAGCCUGGCGUAUAUGUACCCAACGAUGAGCGUUGGCCGGCGCACUUCCGUGGACUCGGUGUGCGAAUCGAGGAUAGUGUAUGUGUAGACGAUGAUUCGCCAUACGUGCUCUCCACAGAGGCUGUGAAAGAGAUCAACGACAUCGAGGCGUUGAGGGACUCGUAG